UUCCGAGAUUUGCGCGCAGCCUCACCUGGUUGGCCUACCCGCUGCUACAGCCUCACCUGAGGACCCACCCGCCGCCGCAGCCAUGCUCUCCGUCCGCCGCCCGCUCGCCACUCUCCCGGACCCGCAGCAGCUGCAGCUCUCGCCCCUCAAGGCGCUCAGCGUGGCAGACAAGGAGAACACUCCGCCGGCCCUCAAUGGCACCCGCGUGCUGGCCAGCAAGACCGCCCGCAGGAUCUUCCAGGAGCCGGGCGAGCGGAAAACAAAGACCCCAGCCCCCAGCGCGCAGGACGAACCACUGUUGAGAGAGAACCCCCGCCGCUUUGUCAUCUUCCCCAUCGAGUACCAUGACAUCUGGCAGAUGUACAAGAAGGCUGAGGCUUCUUUUUGGACCGCGGAGGAGGUGGACCUUUCCAAGGACCUGCUGCACUGGGAGACCCUGAAGCCCGAGGAGAAGUACUUCAUCUCGCACGUCCUGGCGUUCUUUGCAGCGAGCGAUGGCAUCGUGAAUGAAAACUUGGUGGAGCGCUUUAGCCAAGAGGUUCAGAUCACCGAAGCCCGCUGCUUCUACGGCUUCCAGAUCGCCAUGGAAAACAUACACUCGGAGAUGUACAGCCUGCUCAUCGACACUUACAUCAAAGAUCCCCAGGAGAGGGAGUUCCUCUUCAACGCCAUCGAGACCAUGCCUUGUGUCAAGAAGAAGGCAGACUGGGCCCUGCGCUGGAUCGGGGACAAGGAGGCCACCUACGGAGAGCGUGUCGUGGCUUUUGCCGCAGUGGAGGGCAUCUUCUUCUCCGGGUCUUUCGCAUCGAUCUUCUGGCUCAAGAAGCGAGGGCUGAUGCCUGGCCUCACGUUUUCCAACGAACUCAUUAGCAGAGAUGAGGGUCUGCACUGUGACUUCGCCUGCCUGAUGUUCAAGCACCUGGUACACAAACCUUCGGAGCAGAGGGUGAAGGAGAUCAUCAUCAACGCCGUCAGGAUCGAGCAGGAGUUCCUCACGGAGGCCUUGCCGGUGAAGCUCAUUGGGAUGAACUGCACGUUGAUGAAGCAGUACAUCGAGUUUGUGGCCGACAGGCUCCUGCUGGAGCUGGGUUUCAGCAAGGUUUUCCGGGCAGAAAACCCGUUUGACUUCAUGGAGAACAUCUCGCUGGAGGGGAAGACCAACUUCUUCGAGAAGCGGGUCGGCGAGUACCAGAGGAUGGGCGUGAUGUCCAGCCCCACGGAGAACUCGUUCACCCUGGACGCCGACUUCUGAACGCACCGAAGGUCUGCUCUUAACUUGCUGAUGCUUCUCGUACUUCACAAAAGCGAAGUUAGUUGCUUGCAGUGUCUCUGCUAGCUACACAGCAAGUUUCCAUAAUGUUUAUUAACGGCUUCUGCCACACCCUGAGUCCCCCCGUGUUCGUGGUGCUAGCGGUGCCCCCUGGCGUGAACGUGUAGCCAAAAGCUACUCGGACUCUCGUGAGAGAUCUUGUCCCAGUUUGGCUCCCUCGAGGCUGUCGGAAGACAGCGGCCUCCCUGCUCCAGAGCACUGCUGAGAGUUUACUCGUGUAUAAAACCUGGUGCUUUCUACUCUGUGGUGCCGACACAAGGGCCCCGUGUGGCCUAACCUGGGUAGUUUGCACACCAAAUGCCAAGUGUUCAGUUAACCACUAACUCGAGCCACCUCGGAGUUUACCAGGUGAGCAAGAUUAAGUUCAACCGGGUCAUCGAAGCAUGUUAUUUGACUUCAUUUUCUUUCAUGAGCCGAAGUGCUUUUUCAUCACCUUUCAGUUCAGUCCUGUGCACAUCUGAGUAUUAGCCAGGGCUGCCCUGCAGGCGGGUGGGGUCUUGCAUCCGGGGCAGGUGUCACAGAAUGAGAGACCGGGGAGGCGCUUCUGGCUGAAAUCUUUAAGCACGACGUCUGGCCUGUGGCAACUGCUAGUGACCUGCGAGGGGGCCUUUGGAUGUUUCAGGCUGCGUUUUCCCCACCCUCAGCUAGUGUGAAACAUCCUUGAAGAUUCUGAAUAGCUGGGAUCCAGGAUAGGGCGCUAAACUGGUUUUCCAACCAUCCUUGAACGAAAUGACCCAGCCAAGGCCUCGCUCCUGUUCGGUGGUCAAACCAGGGCUGAAACAGCCCUGGAAUUGCAUUUAUUCUGAUUCUGUUUCAUGUGUGUGUAAAUAGGUAACCUUGAUUUCUUUCUGCCACAUGCCUUACAUUAGAAAGUGUUUUUACGGCUCUCCGUCCUUGUACAUUGGUUUAUACUUUGAAAUAAUCACCCAGCCUUAGCUUGCAGUCCCCGACUGGGAUACAUUCCUCGGUGCAGUGUCUUAGGGAGGCAGUGGCACGUGCUCUGUGACACACGUUCCGCUCAAGUACCGGUUUCAGAAGCCGGUGUAAACUAAGACCCAGAUCGGCCCUCCGGCCCCGCUUGUUCACAGGUGUGCCGGCGGACCCCUGGCCGGACCCUCCCCGGCCUGUACAGUUGUCAGAUUUCUCUGUCAUCUAUUGUAUAAAUAGUCAAACUGUCCAUUUAAAGAUUCCUGUAACAUGCGACCCACUUCGACCUUUGAACUUAUUGUUAACUGACGCUAACCCAGGUUAUGUGGCCCUCACGCCUGCGAGACACGAAAAUAAAGACCGCCGUGUGUGGUUAGUAAAAGUGGGGGGUCGGGAGCAGGUGUGAGGACUCGGCUUCUUCGCUGUGCCAUGUACUUUAGUUAGGGUUCCCUUCCAAUUAGCUUCCAGGGACAUGGGUUUAAGUCUGAAGCAUUGGGAGGUCUUAAAAUUGAGUUUUUAUACAAGUGUUAAAUGAUUAAAAUAAAAAUUUCCAGUG